CGCGAUUACUGUAAACAAUUCAAACGGAUGAAUUUAAAAUUUAAUUCAAAGAAGUUCGCAUUAAUUUAGUUAAAAAGUGUCUAAAGAUGAUGAAUACGGAAGCAAAUAUAUAUACGGACUAUGAGCUUGCUGGAAAUAUGAUGGAAGAGCAUGAAAAAAGAGAUCAACAAAUCUCUGUAGAGGGAGUUCUUCAAAGGCAAGGAGGAUUCAGUGGGUUAAAUGAUUUCGAUUACCAGGAUUUAUCAAAUUUGACGGAAGGACGCGUCAAGGAAUUGCAGCAAAUAAGAACACUCAAUAAAAUUCCGAUUCCUAAUGAAAUUAUGGAAAACUUUAAAAAUAUCAAAUGUCACUGUAGAAUGGGUCUGUUUCCAGAAAUCGGUCGAGCUUGGCUUACAAUUGAUUCCGAUAUUUAUAUUUGGACGUAUGAGCAUGCAAGGGAUGUUGCAUACUUUGAUGGUCUGAAUCAUUUAAUCGUAAGCGUCGGACUGAUAAAACCAAAACCAAAUGUCUUUAUAAAUGAUGUCAAAUAUCUUUUGGUUCUGACGACUCCAAUUGAAAUUGUAGUUUUAGGAGUUACUUUUGGAGAUACUACAAAAUCCGUUACGACCCCGUCCUUUCUUUCGUCUUCUUUUGAUGAAAUGCAGUUGAUGAACAAGCCAAUUUUUGUAAUAAACACUGAUAAUGUUGCCAUAACUUGCAUUGAAGGAACUAGCGAUGGAAGAAUCUUUCUUGGUGGACGAGAUGGAUGUCUUUAUGAGAUAAGCUAUCAAGCUGAAUCAAAUUGGCUUGGGAAACGAUGUAAAAAAGUCAAUCAUUCUCAAGGUCUUUUAUCGUAUGUCCUUCCUGGAUUUCUCAAAGGUUUCACGGACGAUGCCAUAAUGAAAAUUGUGAUAGACAAUCAACGUUUUUUACUUUAUACACUUACUGAGAAAGGAGCUAUUGAAGUGUGGGAUUUACAAGAUAAUUCAGCAAGACGAGUCAUGAGAUUGUCACAAAAUGAUGUAACAAAUGCGGCAGUAAAUCAUAUAAAGACAGUCGAUUCAUCAAUAUUCAAACCUGUUGUUGACAUUUGUGUUCUUGAACGUGAUGAAAAUCCAAAUCUAUAUAUGAUUGCAGUUACUCAAAGUGGCGUUCGAUUUUAUUUUGGUGGAUACACGGGAAUGUAUAAUACAAUGAUGGAUCCACAACAGAUGCAGCAACAAUCACAAAGACUUCAAAGUCUUAAUUUACAGCAUGUUCGACUAGCGCCUGGAUAUACACCAAAUACAAAUUAUGGGAAACCAAAGAAUGUCCAUUCAAUGUAUUACAAUUCAGGAUCUGUUUUGCUAAUUUCGACACCUCAACAGGAACAAGAUUUAUUGUGGUCAUUAAGUUCCGAACCAUUUUUACACUCAGAAUUGAGUCCAUUAAUAACUGCAGAUUCAGGCCAUCGAAUGCUUACAGAAUCAUCAACAAUUAUGCAUUUAGAUGGAUCAGUUUGGGCUGUUGCUGACAUUAAAGAUAGAAGUCAAUUGUCAUUAAAAUAUCCAUUAAAAGAAGCCCAAAGACCGAAGAAAGUAAUUUUAUUGACAUCACAAGGAGCUCACAUUGUGGAACUGCUUAAACCUGUUGACAUUUUACAACAAUUGUUUAUGUCAUGUCAUGGAGCUCAUAAUGAUGCUGUCAAGUCAUUCUUUGAAUUACAAAGUGAGCCAGAAAGUUGUGCAACAAGUUUAUUAUUAUCAUGCAUGGAAUCAAUGAAAGGAACUGAAAUGUCAAUGUGGGCAACACAAGCAUUUUUCCGUUAUGGCGGUGAACCUUAUUUCUUUAAUCAUCAACAAGAGAAUAUUCCAAGAAUGUUUAUGUCUACUCCAUAUGCUGCUUCAAGACCCAAUCAACCAAUGCAACCAAGUAUGAUGCAACAAACACAAAUUCCCGGAAGUACUUCGUUCCAUCAACAAACCCAACAAAUUGAUUUAUUUAAUUUGAGGUAUUCAGCAAAGCAUGGCGGUCUUUAUCUUCACAUUGCAAGGAUCUUACGUCCAAUUUGGAAUCGAAAGUGUAUUGAUAAUAAAUUAUCAAGUACAAUAACAAUUCAAGAUUGUAAUCAAAUUUUAAGUGACUUGUUUGCCAUCCGUUCAUUUUUGGAAUCGAAUACAGUCGGUGGAAUUGCAAAGAAUAGUAUGAACAUUCUUAGUGCAAAUGCUUAUACAUCAUUCAUGACAACAACUCAAGGAAACAUUUUAAAUGGAUUUGGAUCGAACAAUCAACAAAUUCAGCAUCCACAGAAGAAAGAAGAAGCAUUUGCAGAAGAGAAAAAGUCACUGGAUGCAUUAUUUAAUUUUAUCAAGUAUGUGUGUGAAGUCUUUUCAUUGUGGAAGAUUCUCUGUGAGCAUCAAUUGCAUGUUUUGUUAGGACAAUUUCCAGUUGAACAGCGUCAAUUAAUUGAGACGUGUACUUUUCGUGAUUUAAUUACCAUCAGAAAUGACUUGUGUGCAUUUUUAAUUGUUACAAUAAUUAACUCGUACCUCAAUGAUAAUGCAAGUGUUAAAUUGAUAUCAGAGAAAUUACGAGAAGUAUGUCCAACACUUUAUAGAAAUGAAGAUGCUGUGUCACAUAAAGCUACAGAAAUCUUGAAAUUAUCUAAAAAUUGUGUCAAUGAGGAUGAAAAGUAUGAACAUUAUUUAAAAGCAUUAGAAUUGUGCAUUCAGGCAGCUCCAAAACUCCCACUUGCAACCAUUUGUCAACAAUUCUCAGCUGCUGGAUUUUAUGAAGGAGUCAUUAAAUUAUGCACAACUUUUGCAAAUAAAUUAGAUCCAAACGAGACAGCACUUCAUUUCUACAGAAAUAAUUAUCCGUUUGACAUCAAUCAAAUGCAAAUUAAGGAUCAAGAAGGAUAUUUUGCUUACAGUAAUCGUAUGAAAUGUUAUGAGGAAGUCAAGAAUAUGUUUCAGUUUGUUUUUAGAAAUCUUUCAACGCCUGGAAAUAAUGAGCAGCAACAAAGUAUGAGUCAACAACUCCAGCAUAUUUUAAAUGUUGCAUUACAAUCGACAGAUCAAUUGCUUCAUGUUGCUGUCUACGAAUGGAUGUUAUUUAACAAUUUAUUGGUCGAGAUGCUAAGUAUUACAAAUAGCUCACUGGGUGACUUCUUAUCACGGUCAGUCACUCAAACACCAAUUAAUCUCCAACUUGUAGAUUUAUUAUGGAAAUAUUUUGAACGAAAUGGACAGCAUGCGUCAGCUGCUAAAACUCUUGAUAAAUUAGCAACACUUCAUAGUGAAAAGAUUCCAUUGUCAAAGAGAAUUGAGUAUUUAGCACGUGCUGUUAUGUCAAUGAGAAGUGACACAGUUGGAUAUUCUUCGCAUCACGGAGAAAUGCUAAGAGAUCUUGAGGAUAAGCUUGAAGUAGCACAAAUUCAGAAACAAAUUUAUGAUACUCUAACAACUGGCGAUAUUGCAAGAAAUAUUGAUCCUAUACAAGUUAGGGAGGCAGUAAGAAGCUUAGAUAUUAGAUUAUUUAACAUGACUCAAUUGUAUUCUGAUUUUGCCGAGAACUUUGAUUUGUGGGAAUGUCAAUUGACGAUACUAAACUCGUCACAUCACAAUGAAGCACGACUUAUUAAUUCUGUAUGGAGUCAUAUUCUAGACAAAGAGCUUGAUGAUCCAGGAAGUAACUCAGAAAAGGCUCAAAAAUUAUUGUCAAAGGUUCAGAGUUUAGCUAGUGAAUUUGGUGUCAGCCCAUGCUUUCCUUUAGAUUAUUUAAUAGGAGAACUUGAGUUGAGAUGUUUCCAGUUAAGACUGUUAAAUUCGCCAGUUCCAGAAGCUCUGUUCAAGAUUAAUGCUGAUGUAGAUCUUAUGCUGGAUAUUUAUACUAAAAUUGUGACUGCAAAUGAUCGAAUUUGGCUAUCUGGACAUGAUGAAUUGUAUUUAAUCAGAUCAGUUAAGAAAGCACUAAGCUUAAUCAUCCAAAAGCAUCUUUCCCUGUCAAAAAAUAGACGAAGAACAAUCGCAAAAAUGGAGGACUUGAUAUCAGCUAGUUUAAAUGCGCUAUAUACCAAGCAGGGAACACAAGAAACAAAGGAAAUUACAGACGAAUUGAGGAGUCUUCGUCAGAGCAUCAAUGUCUUCAAUUGAUCAUUUAUUAAAUACUGAAAAAUUAAUCUUAAUUAUAUUAUUUUUGAAUAAAUAAAGGCAUAACAUGAAACUAAUUUUCAAUAAAUGGAUCUUUUCAUUUAUUUAACUUUAAUCUUGUAAGAUGGAAAUACAUUUUAUUCUUUGUCAACAAAUGUCAAUGUACAUUUGCCACAGUAUGCACGAUUCUCAUGUGCAGCCAUGAAAACUCCAGCUCCGCAUGUUUCAGCAGGACAUUCACGUCUCAAGCGGUGAAUCUUUCCAUUCUCAUCGACCUAAUUGAAGAAUUUUAAAGGGGCGAGUUUGACCUUCUUUCGCUUAUGCUUAAUUUUUUUGGGUGUUGAGUAAUUCUUCUUCUUACGUUUCUUGGCACCACCUCGAAGGCGCAACACUAAGUGAAGUGUUGACUCUUUCUGAAUAUUGUAGUCGCUCAAUGUGCGUCCAUCCUCUAAUUGUUUACCGGCAAAGAUCAAUCGUUGUUGAUCUGGAGGAAUUCCUUCUUUAUCUUGAAUUUUAGCCUUAACAUUUUCAAUCGUGUCCGAUGGCUCGACUUCGAGGGUAAUUGUCUUACCCGUCAAGGUUUUGACGAAGAUCUGCAUGGUGAAUCU